AUGAAUGAACAAAUCAGAGAAGCUUUCCGGGUGCUGGACCGCGACGGCAAUGGCUUUAUCUCCAAGCAGGAGCUGGGCAUGGCCAUGCGCUCACUGGGGUACAUGCCGAGCGAGGUGGAGCUCGCCAUCAUCAUGCAGCGGCUAGACAUGGAUGGUGACGGGCAGGUGGAUUUUGAGGAAUUUAUGACAAUUCUUGGCCCCAAACUGCUGACGUCUGAGGUGCGAGAGGGAUUCCACGGCAGCGCCAUAGACUCCAUCUUUUGGCAGUUUGACAUGCAGAGGAUUACACUGGAGGAACUGAAGCACAUCUUAUUUCACGCAUUUCGGGACCACUUGACGAUGAAAGAUAUUGAGAAUAUUAUUAUAAAUGAGGAGGAGAGUCUGAAUGAAAACUCAAACAGCUGUCAGACAGAGUUUGAAGUUCACUCUCAGAAGCAGAACCGACAGACGUGUGUGAGGAAGAGUUUGAUCUGUGCGUUUGGGGUGGCGUUCAUCAUCAGCGUCAUGUUGAUUGCAGCCAAUCAAAUCCUCAGGAAUGGCAUGGAGUAGAGAGCCCAUUCCCCUUCCCUCACUGGGCGGCCAUGGUGUGCACCUGGACUCGGCAACACUGGGUGUAAAUAUGUGCAGAUGCAAUUUCUACCGGGACCUGGAGCCCAGCAUGGAGGUGAUGUAGUUUGGGUUUUACAUCUACAUCCUGCAGACAAGUAUUCUGCAGUAAAGGGCUGUGACUUUUAAAAAAAAGCUGCUUUUAUAAUGCAAUAAUGUGUGGAAGUUCUGAAUUACAGCCGUAAGGUGGUUGUAAGAAGCAACAUGUAAAAAGGGAAAUGAGUAUUUUUACAGUGAAGAGGUCCAGGUUAAC